AUGGCCUGUGCAUCACUCUCCUUUGAGGCUGUUUCAUUUUUACUCGCUCACGGAGCCUUGGUACACUCGCUCGACCAGCGUCAGGUCAGCCCACUGAUCUACGCCAUUAAGGCCGUCUCGGAUAGUCAAAACCGACUCAGGAUAAACUCAUCCGAGGCCAUGCUGAAGGUCUCAAUUGGUACCACCGAUUUCGUCAAACCCGAACGGACCCACUCAUUUCUUGCUUCUGUCUCUGCUGCAAAGGAGACUUCAGAAUGCAGUGCUACUGAUGCAUUCUCCGAUCCCAGCCUCUUGUUGGCCGCUCGCCUCGUUCGCUUACUUCGGCUGUCUGGCGCCCAUCUGCCAUGUGGAGAAACGGAACGCGCGACCAUAAUAAAUGAGGCAGCUGCUCAUGGAGAUUUACGUCAGUUACGACUCUUUCAGCUGGCUGGAGCCAGUCUCGAGGUCUGA